CAGGAUCAGGAAAUCUUCUUGGAGUUAUGAAACAUCAUAUAGAGAUUCAAAUACUUAGCCUGCAGCAGAAUGGCAAAAUGAUCAUUGAAGAUCAAUGAACUGAGCCAUGUUCAAAUCCCUGUUAUGUUGAUGCCAGAUGAUUUCAAAGCAUAUUCGAAGAUAAAGGUGGACAAUCACCUUUUCAACAAAGAAAACAUGCCAAGUCAUUUCAAAUUUAAGGAAUAUUGUCCCAUGGUUUUCCGCAACCUGAGAGAGAGGUUUGGAAUAGAUGAUCAGGACUUUCAGAAUUCCUUGACAAGAAGUGCGCCACUUGCUAAUGAUUCUCAGGCACGUAGUGGUGCCCGCUUUCACACCUCAUAUGACAAAAGAUAUGUCAUCAAAACGAUAACAAGUGAAGAUGUAGCAGAAAUGCACAACAUACUCAAGAAAUACCAUCAGUUUAUUGUGGAGUGUCAUGGGAAUACACUUCUUCCCCAGUUUCUGGGCAUGUACAGGCUUACUGUUGAUGGAGUUGAGGUAUAUAUGAUUGUUACAAGAAAUGUGUUCAGCCAUCGUUUAUCUGUUUAUAGAAAAUAUGAUUUAAAGGGCUCUACUGUGGCUAGAGAAGCCAGUGACAAAGAAAAGGCCAAAGAACUGCCGACAUUCAAAGACAAUGAUUUUAUUAAUGAUGGUCAAAAGAUUCAUAUUGAUGAAAACAACAAAAAGAUGUUCCUUGAAAAGCUCAAAAAGGAUGUUGAGUUUCUUGCCCAGUUAAAACUCAUGGACUACAGCUUGCUGGUUGGAAUUCAUGAUGUUGAGAGAGCUGAACAGGAAGAAGUAGAGUGUGAGGAGAAUGAUGGAGAAGAUGAAGGGGAAAGUGAUGGAGCCCACCCAAUUGGAACACCUCCAGACAGUCCAGGAAACACACUGAACAGCUCUCCGCCUUUGCCUCCAGGAGAAUUUGAUCCAAACAUUGAUGUUUAUGGAAUAAAAGCCCACGAAAGUGCACCUAGGAAGGAAGUAUACUUUAUGGCUAUUAUUGACAUUCUUACUCAUUAUGAUGCAAAAAAGAAAGCAGCUCAUGCAGCAAAAACUGUUAAGCAUGGCGCUGGUGCAGAGAUUUCAACAGUUAACCCCGAACAGUAUUCAAAGCGCUUCUUGGACUUUAUUGCCAACAUCUUGACGUAACCUAUCACAUUAAAUAAGACAGACACAAGACCUGGGGACAGCAGCAGUGGCUACAAGAAUAAGGGGGGGAAAAGGAACUCAGAGAAGUGUUCAUCUUGCAGAAAGCAACCCCAUUGUUUACAUCUGCUGGCAAAGAUGACCGCUACAGGGUGGAAUAUUUGCUUUAACAGCUGCCUGAUAUUCCCAGCAUAGUUCUAGCUAUUUCUGACUUUUUGUGUGUGCAAAAAAAAUAAAAAUAUUAAUUAAUUAAUUAAUUAAAUAGCUCAGCUUUACUCAGAGUGCACUGCGAAGGCAACAUUCUGAUGCUACUAGCUGACUUGGAAUGAAUGAGCAAAGAGGUGUGGGGUGGGGGUGGGGGAGGAGUAAAUGCAUGUUAAAUUUACAAUAUUGGUAUCAAAUUGUAAACUGUGGAUCAGUUUAUUUUUUGAACUGAAAGGAUGCAAGACAGUAUUCAUGAUGAUGAUGAUGAUAAUAAUUAUAGAAACCUUACUGAGAAUGUGUUACACUUAUACCCUGCACGCUGGCACUCCUUAAAAAAUAGCUGCAACGUUAAGCUCUUGGUGCCGGAAGCUUUUCCUGUUAGCUCCCUAGCUCUAUUGCUGCUUUUUUAUUUUCUUUGCAUCAGCACAUUGCAUCAGGAAAUCCAGACUCCGAAGCGUCAAAGAGCUAAUGUCUCUUGUCUUACAAGGAGCUAAUGCCAUAUUCAUGCUGUGUAUGUUUUUGCUACAGCGAAUUAAUGUCGAGGGAAAACCCUGCUUAUUUCACUUUUAUUACCUGAAGUUUUUUCAUUGUUUUAUAUUCUUGCAAUAUAGGAACUAAUCAUGUUACAAGGGGGAAAAAGCUUAUUGGAAGAAGUGCAUAGUUUUGGGCAAUAGUAGCUACAUUUUUCAGCACAGGAAAGUGCACGCAAUGAUAGAAAUCUCUACCCUCCUGUAAUUUAAUGAUAAUCUGAAGUUUAAAUGCUUAUGUUGUACUUUUUAAACAGUGGUAUUUUAUUAUAAAUUAUCCCUCUAAAAAUCAACCCUGAAUUUUACUGUUUACAUUAUUAUUAGGAAAACAGGGAUACUUUUGAAUUUCAGAGUUUGUGUACAGUAUGUGAUUUUUGAAGUUUACAUGUAAAGUUUAUUUUGCAGUACAGAUGAGGUAAUCUGUCAUCUUUCAAGGUGUAACAUGCAGUAGUGUACUAAAGUGAACGUCUCAUUCACCUCCAUGGUAGAAUCUCUUUUACAAUAAAUGGAGAAAAAUUGUUUGAGGUUUUUCAGAUGUUCUUUUUAUCAUCUUAAAUUACUUGUUUUACUGUUUACCUAAUUUGAUUGUAUGAUACAUUGCCUAAAGCUGUGUUGAUCAUGUUUAUUUUAACCUGUUAACAAUUUAAACAAAUAUAUUGUAUUUACAUUCUUUUUUCCUGUAUCUUCCUGAACAGUUCCAA